AUGAGCUUGCAGGGGGAUAGCAUUUUCACCCAUGUCCGAACAAAACUGCGACAGUCUCGAUCCAGCGUGAUGCUGGCGACCCCGUCACAAUACCCAUACCGAAACUCUGGCUGGGAUGACGUUCCUGUAGCAUAUCGGCCUGUUGAGAGAGCCGAAUAUCGCGCCGUCAAUGGGUAUUACCUGGAUCGACCUCUGCCGGGACCCCCUCCAGGACCUCCGCCGCGUCCUCGGACGAUGUCCCCUCAAUCGUUCCACGAGGUCAGAGCAAGUUUGGAUGUCGGCAAUCUGAGAAUCCCGACACCACGUACGCAUCGCACGAGGUCGGCUGAGAUGGCGCAGAGACGGUGGUCGGGACUUGAUGGCCGUGAGAUGGACUUCCAAAACAAAGACACCAGCGUCAAUAUCGCUGUAGCUCUUCCGCCAGAUCAUCUCGAACCUCCGCCACCGUACUCUCGCUAUGAUGUACCUCCCGCAACUGGCUACCCGCCACGACCGAGGUCGCAGCCUCCCCCAGUGCUCACGACGCACUAUGUGAAGCCAUAUGACCCGAUCGACUAUAUUGGAGUUGGGACUCAGGGUACGAGGAGACCAGUGGACGACGUGCCAAUCAUCGCCGCGCCACAGCCACCUACGCCGGUGUCGCCUCUCAACACGCUGGACCUGCAGUAUCUGGCCAUGAGACGCCGGCCAGCCUCUGAAAAUAACGUUACCCUUGAUGGUCUGUUAAGUCAUCCCAUGCUGCAACAAGGCUCGCACUAG